CAAUACCACGAAUACACACGAGGAGGUGCACCACCACCAACAACUACCACCACCACCACCACUACUACCCCUACUACCACCGGCACGUUCUUUUCUCUCUCUCUCUCUCUCUCUCUCUCUCUCUCUUUUUCACUCUCACGUAUUAAGCCCUUUUGCGUUACGUGCGUGUAUCGAAACAGUAGAAGGGAAGAGAGAAGAUAUGAUAUAUACGUAAACGCCGGAAAGAGAAAGUAAGACGAGUAAAAAGGAGAAAAGAAAGAAGGUGGCGGUGCGUCCUGUUCGACUUUCCGCGCACGAUCCGUCUGCCACUACUGUCAUGCGUCAGUCGAGAACCAGUACCGACGACGACGACGACGACGAUGACGACGGCGGCGACGGCGACGACGACCACUACGACGGCGGCGGCAACGACGACGACGACGACGACGACGGCAACGACGACUGCGACCGUCGACGGCGGCGACGUGAACGACAACGUCUGCGGAAUGACCAUCAACGAUGACGACGACGACGACGACGACGACGACGACGACGACGACAACGACGUCCACAACAGCGCGUGUCUAUUUCUCUCUUUCUCUCUCUUCUUUCUCUUUCAAGUUCUUCCGUCCCUUUUACGACACACUAGAAACACGUUCGGGCCGCAGUAACAUCCCUGCGGAACGCACGAAAUAAACACUAUAUCUGUCACUUUUCUUCUCUUUCUCUCUUUCUCUCUCUCUCUCUCUCUCUCUCUCUCUCUCUCUCUCUCUAUCGCCGGUUUAGAUACGUUCGUCUCUCUUUCUCGCGUGCGCGCUUUCUAUCUCUCUCUCUCUCUCUAUCUCUCUCUCUCUCUCUUUACAUCUGUUCGUCUCACUCUAUUACUCUAUCUUUCUCUAUCCCUAUCUCUCUCUCUCUCUCACUCUUUCUCUCUCUGUCUCUCUUUCUCUAUUACUCUAUCUUUCUCUCUCUCUCUCUCUCUCUCUCUCUCUCUCUCUCGCAUUCGUCUCGCACAAUAUGGCGUCGCACUCUGGCCGUCGUCGCGGAGCCGGAAAACCGUGCAAAAUCCACUCACUACUGGCAACGCGAAGAAACGCGAGCGCGCAAGCCGCACUGCCGGAUUGGUCGAUGCCAGUCUAGCUUGAUGACGUCAUGGUAGCCCUCGUGACGCGCUACCCCGAAGGCCGAGAUCAACCCCCUACGACCCCCAACGACCUACUGCCUUCACGCACCCCUUCUAUCUACCUCUCUCCCUCUCUCUCUCUCUCUCUCUCUCUCUCUCUUCAACUUGCUUUCUCUUUUCAAUAAACUCGUCGUCGUCGUUUACCCCCCUCCUCUCUCUCUCUCUUUCUCGACGAUGACUCGCUCGUUAUCGAUGACUAUAUCGCCACCCCUUCUCUCUCUCUCUCUCUCUCUCUCUCUCUCUCUCUCUUUCUCACAUACUCCCCCACUUGUAAAACGGUUCUCGUUGCGCUCGUUAGCACGAGCUGAAACUUAACCGUCUCGUCCAUAGGCGUCAGCAUCGAUCAAACGUCUCUUCCGUUUUUAAAGAGAAAAGAAUCAAAUGCGUAUUGAGGGUGCAUCGAUUUGACAAUAUUUUGCGAUUGAAAAUAUCGAUCUUUCAUUCCUUCUUUCUCUCUCUCUCUCUCUCUCUCUUUCUACUUUUUUCUCUAUCUCUCUCUUUCUCUCACUAUACAUGCACCCAUGAGACUAGUUAGAAAUUAUAUGUUUAUUCUUCAAGAGAGAACGUUCAAGAAAUAUGAGAAAAAAGAAUCUUUUUCUGCUUCCUUUUUUUUCUUUUUUUUUUUUUUUCCUUAUACAUAGGAUUUUAUCGAAUGUUAUCACGCAGUUGUAUUGAUCAAAAUUACUUAUCCCAUCAAUCGAUGAUAAUUAUUCUUAACCCAACGGAAUAUUUACGACGCAUCAAUUUUUUAUUUUCAAUUUCUAUAAGGAUAUUAAAAAUGAUUUCGAAAAUGAUGAUCUGAGUGCAUAUUUUGUGUACGACCGAUCGUUCGUCCAUCUAUAUUCGUUCAGAUAAUGUAACACGUUAGAAGAAACUUACUUGUACGUGCGACUUUACCGGCAAGAAUUUCCUUUGAAUAUAUAUUACUAAACUGAUUUGUAUAUAAUAAAUAACGUGCAAUAAUGGCUUUAAGAAUGUCAGAGGGUAGCAUACCAGAAAAUGCUAUUGUUUUAAGUAGAAACGAGGCUAUUAAAUAUCAAUGGAAACAAAUUCAAAAUUGGAAACCACAAAGAGACGUUUGGCCAUUUUCAUAUGGACUAGGUUUUCUUGGAGGUGUCGCAGCAUUAUCAGGUGUAUAUAUUAACAUGAGGAUUAGAAAAUCAUUGAAAUUGCGUAAUUUUGGUACUGCUGCUUCUGCUGUCACUAUGUCAAUAUGUCCAGGGUCACUUGUAAUUGUUGCUCAGCUACAGAUGGUUACAGAAAAAACUUUUUUGCCAUUUCCAACCUGUCCAUUAUGCGUUGAAAUGAGAUCAAUAGUCAUUCAGAAUUGUGGUGCCAUUAUAUAUCCUUUGGUUUUAUCACCGAUAGUAAACUUUUUGAUCGCUAAGCGUGAUGGAAGAUUUAGAAUGCCAUAUUAUACAAACUGGAAAGAAAUAAUAUACUUUUGUAUGAACUUAUUUAAACCUAUUGCCCCAUCAUUACUAACCAUAGCUGCUAUAAAUGCUGUAGCUGCGUCUAUCAUUGUAUAUAAACAAUUUAAGUGUAUAUCUUAUAUACAGAAAACAUUAUCUGUAGAAAAUGAAAAUGACAAUUUUGAAUAAGAUUUCUAAAAAUUCAUUAUUGUUAGUCUUAUAAAUUAUUGAAUAAAUUAUAUUAAAUCGUGUAAUCGUCAAAUUAUACUGAAAUAUUUGCAGUUUGCCCGCGUUUAUAUCUAUGAACGUCAUGUCGUACAUGCAUGUCGUAUGGGAUAUACUAUUAAAACUAUAAAACAAA